CCCCACGGCGCGGAAUAUAUCCGUAUUAGCGAUGCGCCGAGGUAUCUUAGCCCCCACGCGCGGGGAGCGCCUAAUCUUCCGGCGCCGAGCUAUUGUCGCGCUCAUCCACGAUUAAUUGCAGGCGUGUACCGAACUCCCCGCGCUCGCCAGAUAAUUACGCGCUAAUUGGCGCGCAAAUAUAAUUCCCGCGACGCGUAAACCGCCCGGCUGCGAACGCAUCCUUACGGCGCGCCCGGAAUAUUCGCCAUGAAGACGUGGGAAUACACGAAGAAGUGAGCCGCCGUCGGAUAUAAAUAUGUGCGAGCGUCGUGCCGGGGAGUGUUAAUUUUAAUUUCCCGGCCGCGAGUUUCCUCGUCGGGGAAGGUAAGUUUGAUCAAGAGAGUACGAGAAGACGUGUAUCUCCGCGCGAAGUAUCGCUCUUCCGGCUCGCGGCCAACCUAUCCGACUUCGCUGCUCCCUUUCUUCAAGAGCUCGUCGCGUUCCCCGUGGAUUUCUAAUUGGAACAAAUUGUCGGCGCUUCGAGCGAGACGUUUCCAGGCGUGUUUACACGGACAACAGUUCGAUAGGCGAUUGAGAAUAGGAGGAGGAGGAAGGAGCGAAUCUCCAUCGAAACCUCGGCCUUUCACACCGAUCGGGGUGCUUCUCGUGCGAAAUGCGUCGUAAAACCAAGACUGUGCUGCGUAUAAAACGGAAUCCGAGACAUUCCAAGGUUUACUCGCGGCUGGAGGCGCGAGCAACCUGGUAAAUCGGGGUUAUCCCACAUACCGCAGUAUUGCGCUUCAUGCUCGACUCAGGUGCCGUUUCCUCGAGGCGCUUCGACAACAACGGGUAAUCAUUCGCGGCGGAAAGAAACGCACGCGCUGGCGCUCACAAUAAUUAUGUCUCCCGGGAAUUGUGUUCACGCGUUUAGUUUCAUCGUCGCUCAUCGCUCCACCCGCCGACGGUGCGGCCAGAACAUCGCGUGAAUAUUUAUUAUUCGUAGAACGGAGCGUCGCAGAACUCGAGACGGCCCUUAGGCUGCCGAGUAACGCGGAGAGAAAGAAGGAAGCGGCGGGAGGAAAGCGGCUUAUAAGGAGGCAGGAAGAGUGAUUGAUUUCGACAACGCUGGCGCAAUAAGUGUGCGUGCGCAAGAGAGAGAGAGAGAGAGAGGGGAAGAGAAGUCCACUCGGUCUGGAAGAGUUCCAAAUCCGCGUCCUUUUUCCUCCCCGUGCCGCCAGACGGUGUAUAGACGAGCGUAUACAGCGCAUUGAUCCGAUCUGGCGUCCACCAGGACACGCCGCGCCCGCGUCUCGCCGCUCUUUCGGGCACGAGUAUCGACUGCCGCCCCCAAGUAAUGUCUGCACGCGACGGUACUAUCGACGAGCCGCACUCUCGAGGGCGGAUAUUCGCCGCGCAAGAAUCCGCGUCGCGGUUAUCCCCGUCCGUCCGGAAUCGCGACUCGCCGCGAAAAAAGCCCAGCGAGGUCGUGUGCUAAUGAUCCCCCGUAACUCCGGGAGCCAAUGGCGACGCUGUUAAAAGUUUCACAAUGCAUCCCAUCUUAUCGCAAAAAUGAGCUCGGGGGGAGAAUGAGAGAAACGCUCAGGAGGCAACUGAACGUUCAGGGCUACGAGUGCAGCUCCGACCUGCGUUAUGUGCUGUUCAGGCACAAUGUCAAGCCGGUCUUCCGGAACACCUUCACCGCUCAUUACACCGUCUACGAUGUCACGAACGACCAUCACACACCCCUUCGGUUGCAAGCGUCGCGACGUAUGCAACAGACGCGGCUGCAACACGCUACGUGGUUGGGCAACACGUCCAGCCUCCUGAUGAUCUGCGAGAACGACAUUUAUCUUAGGACGGCGCCCGCCGCGACGGAGGACAUCCGUCUGACCGACACAGGCGUGCCCGGGGUGAUCUACAACGGCGUGCCCGACUGGUUGUACCAGGAGGAAGUGCUACCGAAACCGCAAGCGACGUGGCCAAGCCAGGACGGCACACAUAUCCUUUACGCCACGUUCAACGACACCCGAGUGACCGCGUUGCAGUUCCCGUGGUUCGGCACGCAGCUGGGUCAAGACGGUGCCAGCUCGAGUCCCCUGGGCUCACCCAGGAGGGGCUCCUUCCCGCCCUCUAGGUCGGUCAGAUACCCGACGCCGGGCUCGCCGAAUCCGGAGGUCGAGCUGUGGAUCAUGGAACUCAGCAGUCUCAACGCGACCGGCUACAACGCCACCGGGAACGUCACGUGGCCGAGCAAAUUGAAGCUGAAGCCGCCGCCAUCCUUGGAUGGAUUAGACUGCUAUCUGAUAUCGGCCGGCUGGAUCGGCGGGGACGCCUCGCAGAUCGCGGUCGUCUGGAUGACGAGGAUGCAGAAUCUCUCGGUGGUAUCGGCCUGUCACGCUCCCACGUGGGAGUGCGAGGAGACCCAUUCGGAGAGGGCGCCCGAAGGACUGUGGCUGGACGCCCAACCGCACCCUCUCUUCGCUCCGGACGGUGACAGCUUCCUGCUGCUGGCCACGGUGCAGGAAGGUGACAAGGAGCAUUUCACGCACAUAAAACACGUCACGCUCACCCAGCAGAGAAUAGCGGUGCUCUCUCAUGGUCGCUACGAGGUGAGCGAGAUCUUAGCGUGGGACACCAAGGCGCAUCUCGUGUAUUAUCUGGGCACCAGAGAGAGAAGACCCGGGCAGAGACAUCUGUACGUGGUGCGCGAUCCCGCUGCGGACGAUCCUCGUCACUUCGAGCCGUUGUGCGUCACGUGCGACCUCGGCAAGGUUCUUUGGAGCAGUAGGUUCUACUACACCAAUUGCACGCACUUCGGCGCAUCCGUUAGCCCACCGGUGGCCAACGACACGCAGGGUUACUACGUGCUGUACUGCGAGGGCCCCGGCCUUCCUCUCGCGGCCGUGCACACGAUGUCGACGCAUAAGAUGCUUCGCGUGCUGUACGACACGAGGACCCAACGCGCGGACAAGCUCUCGGAACUGGCACUGCCUACCAGACGGAAUUUCGAGGUGCCGUUACCCCAAGGUUGGCGGGCGCAGGUGCAGCUGCUGCUGCCUCCUUCGUGGCGGGAGGAGCUCAGGGACGCGGCGUUUCCCGUGCUCGUUGAGGUGAACGGCCGUCCGGGCAGCGAGGCGGUCACGGACAAGUUUCGAAUAGACUGGGGAACUUACAUGUCCAGCCACAACGACGUAGUCUACGUGAGACUGGACGUACGGGGCGCCCGGGGUCAUGGGAAGAAGGAUCUCUUCAGGAGGAUAGGCGGCGUCGAGGUACAGGAUCAGCUUACGGUGCUGAAGCACCUUCUGGAGAAGCACAAGUAUCUCGACAUUAGCAGAAUCGGCGUCUGGGGAUGGGGUUACGGCGGAUACGUGACCGCAAUGGUCCUCGGCAGCCAGUCUUCGAACAACGCCUUCAAGUGCGGCAUCGCGGUCAAUCCGAUCGCCGAUUGGAUGUAUUAUAAUUCCGCGUUUACGGAACGAGUUCUCGGCGCCCCGGCUGAGAACUACAAGGGUUACGUGGAGGCCGAUCUCACGCAACGGGCGAGAUUGGUGCCUAGUCACAGCCUUUACCUUCUUCACGGUCUAGCCGACCUCACAGCGCCUUAUACGCACGGCGUUGCCUUCGCCAAGGCUCUGUCCGAAGCGGGAGUCAUCUUUAGAUACCAGAGUUACGCGGACGAAGAUCACGCCCUGGCGGGUGUGCUCGAACACGCUUAUCGUUCCAUGGAGGACUUCCUCGCCGAGUGCCUCGCCUUGGAUGCCUCCUAGUGCCUCAAGCCGAAAAAUUCUUUGUUGUCUCUAGUGCGCCUAUUUCCGACACAUCCAGAACGAACGUUAAUACGGGGACUCGUCCUCGAGAUCACGGCAAUUACUCACGCGAGCGGAAAGCUCGAUCUCCCGGAAGCUCGUCUUCCAAGAGUCUGAAUCGCGAAAGGAUUCAGGUCGUCGGCUGGAGAUGCGCGGCAGGGCGAGAGGAGAUUUGCGAAGGAUAUCGGAGGAGGACAACGGGCGACGCGCGCCUCUCUCGCGUGAAUUCGACACGUCGAUAAUUUCCGUAAUCCGCCGAAUAACGCGGGAAUCCUCAUCGAACGCGGGGAGCGAUAGGUUCGACGAUGAUGCGCGAACAGCGAAGAUACGAAAGGGAUAAAGGGGAAAGAGAGACGGACGCACGUAUUUGCCGUGAAAUCGAUCUCGGGCGAAUCUCGAGAAGCGAAGGAGUAAACGAGGCGCGUGUUCGAAAGCGCAGACCGAAUUACUACGUGCGGAGCUUACCGACGGCUUGCAAAUUCAGCGUCGUACGUUCAGCGCCAUCGAAGCGACACUGUUGCUUGGGACUCGACGCGUUUGCAAGCGCGUCAUUAACGUUUUGCUGUGUUCCAAGUCCCAAGGGCGUUCAUAUAGAAAGGGCCUGAGAUUUCGUAGAGUGAUUAAAGACGAGGGAGUGAAAGAGAGAGAGGGAGAGAGAAAUUAUCACGAAUUGAAUUACAUUCCGACGUACAGAGCUUAUCGGGAGUCUGCAAACUCGCGCCCCCCCCCCCCCUCCCCGCCCCGCUUUCCGUUUCACCCUCUUUCCACACGGAGCCCCGACACGAGUCGCGCGAAACUCGAGCCAACGUAAUUCCGAUCACCGAGCGGUCGGUCCCUCGGCGAAGCGGCCGAUCGACGUUUCUCACGGCGAGGAACGAAGAAAAGCACACGAUCGAAAAUCUCGGGAGUCGAGUCACGUCGGCCCGCGAGGAGUUUGCAAGCUUCCACCUCACGUUCUCUUUCUUUUUCUAGCUGCGUCACUGGUGCCUCCUCGAUUUUAAACGGGGAAAAAGUAUCUACGCCUACGCGGUGACGUUCGUCCAGAGGCACACACACUUUACCGUUAUAUAUAGAAUCGAAACGGCUAUCGUAAGUUUUGUGUUGUACAGCUUGGCGCCUAGCUCUAUGUACCAUAAUGUUAUUAUAACGCGUAAGGAGUUGUUCCACACAGAGCCCUUGUGUAUUCCCCAUCUCUCGGUCCACACACCCUUCCUUUCCUCCCGCCCUUCAUCCUUAAAUGCCACCCCUUUAAAUUUCGAAUACUUGUACAUACGUAUGCAACUACGAGAAAUGUCCUUUCGCGAGGGUACCUUCGACGAGGUCCUGCGGACUAAUGCCGGGCGGCACGAACGCAAAUAAUUCACGAAACGAGAGAUGUCGCGGGUUCGAUUCGCGAAAUCCGAUAUUCCCGCGACAAGGUGGACUGGAAUCUCGUCGAAGGUGCGGCUGUCGGACGUACGUCCUUUCGCGAUACAUUGGUCGACUGGAAUGAAUGAACCGUUCUGAUUGGACAAUGUAUUCACAGUCAUCGCGCGACUAAUCAUCGAGCAUCGAUCGCAUGUGAUCCCGAGUAUUCGCUCGCGAUACUUGGAACGGGUGGAACGGUGAAGGAGAAGAAGAAGAAGCAGAACGGCGCGCGCGCGGCAUCGCGUCGUAUAUUCCCAUAGUCGAAUUAUACAAUGCCCGACUUCGCCGUUUCAUCAUCGGUCGGGGCGAAUGCUCGGAAACCUCGCGAACAAUGAGACUCGUGAGUGUCUCGAAGAUAUCUGCCGCUGUGUUGACAUUUUUACGAUCUUUCACAGGUAUUUCGGAAGCCGAAAUAUUUCGCGGGGAUUUCGAAAAUUAUCGUCCUGCGAUUUGAUGUCGUGCGCGAUCUCGUUUGUGUGUAUGUGUGUGUGUUUGUGUGUGUGGGUGUGUCGUUGUUGUUGUUGUUGUUAUUAUUAGGAACCGUAGACUUGGAAGUUGUUCAUAUCUUUUCGUUGACGAAGUUAACUCCGUCGAUUUGUGCGAGAGCGUCUCGUUGGUUUCUCGUUAUCACUUUCGUUUCCUCAGCUUGCUAGAUCCUUCCCGAGUAUCUACCGUUGCAACUCUAUCAAAUCGCGGAUAAUUUUCGAGACCGCGCCGAUCUGAUUUCUAGUCUCGUCUUGUCUGACACAGAAGAAGAAGAAGAAGAAAAAAACAUAAUUCGCGAGUUCGCAAAGAACGUUAAUUAGGAAAGAGGCGCGCUCGGACAAGGAAGUGUCGCACGUCGCCAUGUGUACGCUGCACGCCCAGCAGCCCUUAAAUGCCGACAAUCAAGGCUAGUGCAACUAAUCAAAUGAUAAUAAAUAGAAACGGAGAGAUGAGAAUCUACUUAAUAAUUUUAAUGAGUAUACUCGUGAACGAUCGCUGUGGUUCGUGCGUAUUGUAAGACCGCGAGACGCGAAGCCCGUGUCGGCGAGCUAUCGGCGGCCGAAGUGGCUUCGCGGGGGCGAUCCUUCGCGAAGAUAAAA